AUGAGUUUACAUUGCAUCCGUCGUGCUCUUCCGGCAGGGAUACAAGCAAGCCCGCAUGCCCUUAUCCAUCAGUCCUCUCACCAUGGAUCGAUACCACACCUCACCAGAUCACUCACCUCACACAGACCCAUAGCGGCUUCUUUAGGUCGCAAAACAAGACAUCGACGCAUCCAGGAUGGGGACGGUGUCUGCGCCGCCUAUUGCGUGAGCGCGCCCGUAUCCCUAACUGCAGUGAGCAACCACUUCAAGUCGCGAAACUUUUCGAUCCACCUCGAAAAGGAAAACCUCCUCUUCAAGAGCACUGGCUUCAACCUCUAUUCCGGCGACGUCGCGCAUCUCCCCCUCCAGUCCGUGGGCACCAGCGCCUACCAUGGCCAUGCAUUCUUCUUCAGCUCGGGCGCAGCUGUGUUCUGGGGACUCCCCAUCAGUGUCAGGAGGCAGCUUCUCGACUCCCUGGCCAACUUUCAGGACCGAUCCACACCGCCUAUCCUCCACUCCUUACGCACCAAACACACGCUGCCGCUCGCAAUGGAACAGUUUGACCACGAAUUCAACUACAUCGUCGACGGGACGCGCAAAACGGCGACUUUCAAGAACGACGCCAUCCAACUGUCCAGUUUCUCCGAUGCCACGCAGCUGGUGGCCUUGUCGUACGGGCUGGCGCAAUCGGUCAAGCUGCUGCUAUUCGAGGAGGAGAUCGACAACCUGGUCAAGCGGACGCGCACGCUGCCGGACGAGCUGGCGCGGGACGGGAAGAUCCAGCUGUCGCAGCGGGACUUGAAACGGCUCAUCGGCGAGCUGCUGGCGGCGCGCUACUCGGUCAAUCUCGUGUCGGACAUCAUGGACACACCAGAAUUUUUCUGGAAGCACGCAGAGUUGGAGGGCUUGCAUGUCGAGUGUGCUAGGGAAGUGGAGCUCAGGCAGCGCGCGCGCAUUUUGAAUACGAGGACGCAGGUGAUUAAGGAUGCGCUGGAUAUUCUGAAUAAUGAGCUGUCGUCGUCGUCGUCGGACAGGGUGGAACGCGCCAUCUUGUUCCUGAUCGCCGUCGAGGUAGUGCUCGAACUGGGCAGGCUCGUACCGAGUGCGGUUCAAAUGUUUAGAUAG